GCCGCCGUCGCCGCUGCCGGGAUCCCGGAGGCCGGAGCCGCGCUGAGGGCGCCCAGCUGGAAGAAAUGUUGGCUAUUUGGCGAUGAGAAGUGACAAAAACUGACCUCAUACUGGUAUACAAACACUAUGGAACCUGACACUUUUGUUGCAAGGGCAACCAGUCCCCACUGAUAAUGUUGGGAAGCCACUGGGUCCACUGGAAAACACUAAUCUGAUCUCGGAAGGCUGAUUGUGGCAGGAUGUGUCGACAAUGAUGAUGGCAAGAAAGCAAGAUGUCCGCAUUCCCACCUAUAACAUCAGUGUGGUGGGAUUGUCUGGGACUGAGAAGGAGAAGGGCCAGUGCGGUAUUGGGAAAUCUUGUCUGUGCAACCGCUUCGUGCGCCCAAGUGCUGAUGAAUUUCAUUUGGACCAUACUUCUGUCCUUAGCACCAGUGACUUCGGUGGGCGAGUGGUCAAUAAUGACCACUUUCUCUACUGGGGAGAAGUUAGCCGAUCCCUGGAGGAUUGCGUGGAAUGUAAGAUGCACAUUGUAGAGCAGACUGAAUUUAUUGAUGAUCAGACUUUUCAACCUCAUCGAAGCACGGCCCUACAGCCCUAUAUUAAGAGAGCUGCUGCAACAAAGCUCGCAUCAGCUGAAAAACUCAUGUACUUUUGCACUGACCAGCUGGGGCUGGAGCAGGACUUUGAGCAGAAACAAAUGUCAGAUGGAAAGCUGCUAAUUGAUGGUUUUCUUCUUGGUAUUGAUGUUAGCAGGGGCAUGAAUAGGAACUUUGAUGACCAGCUCAAGUUUGUCUCCAAUCUCUACAAUCAGCUUGCAAAAACAAAAAAACCCAUAGUGGUGGUCCUGACUAAGUGUGAUGAGGGCGUUGAGCGGUACAUUAGAGAUGCACAUACUUUUGCCUUAAGCAAAAAGAACCUCCAGGUUGUGGAGACCUCAGCAAGGUCCAACGUAAACGUGGACUUGGCUUUUAGCACCUUAGUGCAACUCAUUGAUAAAAGUCGGGGAAAGACGAAAAUCAUUCCUUACUUUGAAGCUCUCAAGCAGCAAAGUCAGCAGAUAGCUACGGCAAAGGACAAAUACGAGUGGCUGGUGAGUCGCAUUGUGAAAAACCACAAUGAGAAUUGGCUAAGUGUCAGCCGAAAGAUGCAGGCCUCUCCUGAGUACCAGGACUAUGUCUACCUGGAAGGGACUCAGAAAGCCAAGAAGCUGUUUCUCCAGCACAUCCAUCGCCUCAAGCAUGAGCAUAUUGAGCGCAGAAGGAAGCUGUACUUGGCAGCCCUGCCAUUAGCUUUUGAAGCUCUUAUACCCAAUCUAGAUGAAAUAGACCACCUAAGCUGCAUAAAAGCCAAAAAGCUCUUGGAGACCAAGCCAGAAUUCUUGAAAUGGUUUGUUGUGCUUGAGGAGACCCCAUGGGAUGCCACCAGCCACAUUGACAACAUGGAGAACGAACGGAUUCCCUUUGACUUAAUGGAUACGGUUCCCGCAGAGCAGCUGUAUGAGGCCCACUUAGAGAAACUACGGAACGAAAGGAAAAGAGCUGAGAUGAGAAGGUCGUUUAAAGAAAACUUGGAGACCUCGCCUUUCAUAACUCCUGGAAAGCCUUGGGAAGAGGCCCGUAGUUUCAUCAUGAAUGAAGAUUUCUACCAGUGGCUGGAAGAAUCUGUAUAUAUGGAUAUCUAUGGCAGACACCAAAAGCAAAUUAUAGACAGAGCAAAGGAAGAGUUUCAGGAGCUGCUUGUGGAAUAUUCAGAAUUGUUCUAUGAGCUAGAGCUGGAUGCAAAGCCCAGCAAGGAGAAGAUGGGGGUCAUUCAGGAUGUUCUGGGGGAGGAACAGCGAUUUAAAGCAUUACAAAAGCUCCAAGCUGAGCGUGAUGCCCUUAUUCUGAAGCACAUUCAUUUUGUAUACCAUCCAACAAAGGAAACGUGCCCUAGCUGCCCAGCUUGUGUGGAUGCUAAGAUUGAACACUUGAUUAGUUCUCGGUUUAUCCGGCCAUCUGACCGGAAUCAGAAAAAUUCACUUUCUGACCCCAACAUUGAUAGAAUCAACUUGGUUAUCUUGGGCAAAGAUGGACUUGCCCGAGAGUUGGCCAAUGAGAUUCGAGCUCUUUGUACAAAUGAUGACAAGUAUGUGAUAGAUGGUAAAAUGUAUGAGCUUUCCUUGAGGCCAAUAGAAGGGAAUGUCAGGCUUCCUGUGAACUCUUUCCAAACACCAACAUUUCAGCCCCAUGGAUGUCUCUGCCUUUACAAUUCAAAGGAAUCUCUGUCCUAUGUGGUGGAGAGUAUAGAGAAAAGUAGAGAGUCCACACUUGGCAGACGAGAUAAUCAUUUAGUUCAUCUCCCCCUGACGCUAAUUUUGGUUAACAAAAGAGGAGAUACCAGUGGAGAGACGCUGCAUAGCUUAAUACAACAAGGUCAGCAGAUUGCUAGCAAACUUCAGUGUGUCUUUCUGGACCCUGCUUCUGCUGGCAUCAGUUACGGACGAAACAUUAAUGAAAAGCACAUCAGUCAAGUUUUGAAAGGACUUCUGGACUCUAAGCGUAAUUUAAACCUGGUCAGUUCUACUGCUAGUAUCAAAGAUCUGGCUGAUGUUGACCUGCGAAUUGUCAUGUGUCUGAUGUGUGGAGAUCCUUUUAGUGCAGACGACAUACUUUUUCCUGUCCUUCAAUCCCAAACCUGUAAAUCUUCCCAUUGUGGGAGCAACAACUCUGUUUUACUUGAACUACCAAUCGGACUACACAAGAAGCGCAUUGAACUGUCUAUUCUUUCAUACCAUUCCUCAUUUAGCAUCAGAAAAAGCCGGUUAGUCCAUGGGUACAUUGUUUUUUAUUCAGCCAAACGUAAGGCCUCCUUGGCUAUGUUACGUGCCUUUCUUUGUGAAGUGCAGGAUAUUAUCCCCAUUCAGCUGGUCGCACUCACUGAUGGCGCUAUAGAUGUCCUGGACAAUGACUUAAGUCGGGAACAGCUGACUGAGGGGGAGGAGAUUGCUCAAGAAAUUGAUGGCAGGUUCACAAGCAUCCCCUGUAGCCAACCCCAGCAUAAACUUGAGCUCUUCCACCCAUUUUUUAAAGAUGUGGUGGAGAAAAAGAACAUAAUUGAAGCUACCCAUAUGUACGAUAACGUUGCCGAGGCCUGUAGCACCACAGAGGAGGUGUUCAACUCUCCUCGAGCGGGCUCUCCACUCUGCAACUCAAACCUGCAGGAUUCGGAAGAAGAUAUCGAGACCCCUUCUUACAGCUUAUUUAGAGAAGAUACAUCACUGCCCUCCCUGUCCAAAGACCAUUCUAAGCUCUCUAUGGAACUGGAGGGAAAUGAUGGGCUGUCUUUAUUCAUGAGCAACUUUGAGAGUAAACUGAACAACAAAGUACCUCCGCCAGUCAAACCAAAGCCUCCUGUCCAUUUUGAAAUUACGAAGGGGGAUCUGUCUUACUUAGACCAAGGCCAUAGAGAUGGACAGAGGAAGUCUGUGUCGUCUAGCACCUGGCUACCUCCAGAUGGGUUUGAUCCUUCUGAUUAUGCUGAACCCAUGGAUGCUGUGGUCAAGCCAAGGAAUGAAGAAGAAAAUAUAUACUCAGUGCCCCAUGAUAGCACUCAAGGCAAAAUCAUCACCAUUCGGAAUAUUAACAAAGCCCAAUCUAAUGGCAGCGGGAAUGGAUCUGACAGUGAAAUGGACACUAGCUCUCUAGAACGAGGCCGCAAAGUAUCCAUUGUGAGCAAGCCAGUGCUAUACAGGACGAGAUGCAGCCGGCUGGGGAGGUUUGCUAGUUACCGAACCAGCUUCAGUGUGGGGAGUGAUGAUGAGCUGGGGCCCAUCCGGAAGAAAGAGGAGGACCAGGCAUCCCAAGGUUAUAAAGGAGACAAUGCUGUCAUUCCAUAUGAAACAGAUGAAGACCCAAGGAGGAGGAAUAUUCUUCGCAGUCUAAGAAGGAACACUAAGAAACCAAAGCCUAAACCCCGGCCAUCCAUCACGAAGGCAACCUGGGAGAGUAACUAUUUUGGUGUUCCCUUAACAACCGUUGUAACUCCAGAGAAGCCAAUUCCUGUUUUUAUUGAGAGAUGCAUUGAAUACAUUGAAGCCACAGGACUGAGCACAGAAGGCAUCUACCGGGUCAGUGGGAACAAGUCAGAGAUGGAGAGUCUGCAGAGGCAGUUUGAUCAAGACCACAACCUGGAUUUGGCAGAGAAAGACUUUACAGUGAACACUGUGGCUGGUGCCAUGAAGAGCUUUUUCUCAGAGCUGCCUGACCCCCUGGUCCCAUACAACAUGCAGAUGGAUCUGGUAGAGGCACACAAAAUCAACGACAGGGAACAGAAGCUGCAUGCCCUCAAGGAGGUUCUCAAGAAAUUUCCAAAAGAAAACCACGAAGUCUUCAAAUACGUCAUCUCUCACCUGAACAAAGUCAGCCACAACAACAAGGUGAACCUCAUGACCAGUGAGAACCUCUCCAUCUGCUUCUGGCCCACCUUGAUGAGGCCCGACUUCAGCACCAUGGACGCGCUCACAGCCACGCGGACCUAUCAGACAAUCAUCGAGCUCUUCAUCCAGCAGUGCCCUUUCUUCUUCUACAAUCGGCCCAUCAGUGAGCCUUCGGGCGCCACGCCCAGCUCUCCCUCUGCUGUGGCUUCCACCGUGCCCUUCCUCACCUCCACACCCAUCACCAGUCAGCCGUCACCCCCCCAGUCACCUCCACCCACCCCUCAGUCCCCAAUGCAGCCACUGCUACCCUCCCAGCUUCAAGCUGAGCACACGCUGUGAGUCACCAAGGCCUGGGCCAAAAGGAGGCUAUCUUCUCUCUUCGGUGGGGUGGCAUUUGGCCUUGAACACAACCAGGUCCUCUGGGCAGGGGUGGGGAGGGUGUUCCCUCUCCCCUCUCACCUUCUCAAGACCUCAGCGGUAGCACCAGCCAACAGUCCACCAUAGGCUGAGCUGUCAGGUGUCCUGAACCCAGCACUCAGACCUGGGGCUGGCUAUAGGAAGUGGCCCAGGGGCCCUGCCCUUUGACAUGGACCCCUUUGAGGACUGCACUGGUCAGGCAGCAGCCCCAGUGGCCCUCCACACACUCAUUGCCCCACCCCCCACCCCCAGCCUGUGCGCACUGGCCUCGGGGCACCACCCACUGUUUGGACAGCGCCCUGGCCUUUGCCAGCGGAAGAAGGUGGUUCCGAGAUGCAGACUGCCCCGGGGCAGAGCUAGCAAUUCCCAAGGAGAAUACUUCCCGUCUGUCUCUUUCCAUCUUCCAUAUCUGCACCCCCACCCACAGUUGAGGGUGCAGCCUGUCUAGCAAGAGCCUCCUUGGGAACGUGUAGGCCAGGGCUCUGCCACCCCAAGGUACAGUGCUGAGGGCGUCUGCCCAGCCGAUCAGGACAGAGGGAGGUAUCUUUGUGCCUGGACCAAGAGAGUGCAGCUUUCCCCUUCAGCCCUCACCCCCUCCCCUUCACAGGCUUUGGGAUACAUUCCCUUUGCAGCAAAGGAACACUGGAAGAAAAGUGGAAAGCAUCCAUCCAGUAAUUUUUAAAAAGCAAAAGGAAGAAACUACCAGAAGAAAACUGCAGACCUCAAGAUUCAGUUCUCCUCCCACGACUUGGGAAGACAGACAGGUGGAAGGUGGCCCUUCUCUUGUGACAGCAAAACAAGGAGGCCCAGGGCUGGUUGCCUGAGCCUUUUGGGGUCCCACUUAUGUUCUGUCACCAGAUUCCCCUUUCCCCAAAAGAUGGUUUGAGCCCUUGGUGGGCACUAGAGCUGGGGAGACCAGCAGACCAGCCUGGAACUUGGUCUGCCUUUGAACACACUACUAUGGAAAUACUACUUGUGUGUGUGUGUGUGUGUGUGCACGCGCGCGCCUAUGUGUGGGUGUGCCCCAGCAGACAAGCCUGGAACUUGGUCUGCCUUUGAACACACUACAGUACUAUGGAAACACUACUUCGUGUGUGUGUGUGUGCGCGCGCACACAUGUGUGCACACGUGUAUCGGGGGGUGUGGUACGCCUGUGAGGGAGGGGACAUCUGGGAGUGCCAGGGUGCACUUGGGGUUUGGUUUAGUGUGUGGUGUUGAAGUGGAAUAAUUUUCGUCCUGGGCCAUAGAAUGCCCCCAGCAGCGCUGUUUGUGGGAAGUGGGCGGGUCUGGUGAUCUGCUGCCCACACAGGCAUCCUUCAUGCCCCCAGAGCCAGCAGGCCUGCAGAGCCACAGGCACAAAAGCCAUCAGUCAUGAGAGCACUGUGCCUGCUUGCCACACUACCCCUUCCCAUGGCCUACCCCUCAGCUUCCUGGCCACUGGACCCUGGGAGAACCCUCUUCAUACUCCAUCUCUGCCCCACAACACAGCAGCCCAUCGAGGCUGCUGCAGGGAUGGCUGCCCCCACUCCUGGUGGCAGAGUCGUGACCUCUGCAAUGGGAAGCCUGACACUGAGGUACCCAGGGUGUGUGGCAGAGGGCCCUGCAUGCCACCCACUCCUCCGGGUCUCUUUGCACUUUAAGCAGCACCUGUGGUAUAUUCGAGGAUGCCCUGGGUCACCUCAGCUGGGUGGCCUGGCAGAGGGGUGCCUCAGAACAAUCUCCAGCCACCCCCAGCCCUCACUGCUUCCUGUUGGCUGUGGAGGGCAGGGCAGGCCGUUGGCUCACCGCCUUCUUCUGGAGAAGCUGGAUACUGACUGGUUUUCUUGUACGUUAAACUAAGGUGCUUGGAGAAACUAAAUGACCCCUGCGAGUUUUACUCCCCCUGAGGACACAAGUCAAAAAACAAACCCAAGGUACAUGACUGUUUUAUGUAAAUGUUGGAUACAGAUGUUUCCUCUUCUGGUGGAGGAUGCUGUGCCAGGGUGGGCUGAAAGGCGAUGUUUGUGUUUAGUUUUGACCUAGGUUGGCAGACCCCCAGGCAGGUGUGGGAAUAGCUCCAUGGAAUUGAUUUCUCCCUUUUCUAGGCCAUGCUCACCUGUUCCCAGUCAGCCUUUCAAGGUAUUGAAUGCAGUUGAAGGGAAACCAUGAACCUCUUGUGUGAACUAACAAAAUUAGUUUGGUUCCCUCCCAUUGCCCAGUCUACACUGCCACCUCCUCUGUGCCGACACACACACACCCCACUGUGCCACCUGCAACCUUGACUGCACAGGAACUCGCAGGCCCCCAACACUCCUGCCUUCCUGUGCCACCCCCAUCCCCUCCAGGCGUGUACAUGGCAGGGGUGCUGGGGUACAUUGGGAGGGAAGGGGUUGGGAGGAGGAGCAACUGCUUCAUGCUUCAUCCCUGCGGAGGUGGCCUCUGGCCCUGUAGCGCCCCCUAGCAGCCAGCUAAGCAGCUGCAGGGUUCCUUCAUAUUUGCCUCUGUCCAGCCAGGGCUUUGAAGGUAUGCAGGCAGCGGCUGGUGUCUCGCCAUCAGAGCCACAGUGGGAAGGAAGCUCCAGGGGUUUCCCUUGUUUCUGUUUGCUCUGCUAACCCUUUAGCUUCUCUUCUCUGCUUCUGCAGGCUGACUUGAGCUAGAAGACAUUUCUUGGUUGUGACUUGGCACUGCCACUAAGCAGCAGGACUGAUCCCCGGGCUUCAGCUUCCAGUCGGAGGUCUGCAUUUGGAGCAAAUGGGCACUUGGGUGGGACCCAUGAGGGAGAGCCAGGGCGAGUGUUGGGACACUGCCUUAAGUGAAUUGCAAGCCCCAGCUCUCAGAACUGAGGCCGCAGCAGGCAGCAAUUAGCCUUGGCCAAAAGGGGUCAGCCAGGGUAUGGAACUUGCUCCACGUGCCCAGCAGAGUAGUGCAUGCCCAGCAGCGUUCUCCCCAGCCAGUGCUCUUUUGAAGGCCACAAGAGUGUAGACACCAUUCAGGGAAUGGAUAGACACUGGUUGUGAGUGGAAGGCCUGUUGGUCUGUGGCAGUGGUGCUGCCGGAGGGAGGGAGGUGGUCCACAGUUAGGCGCAUGGUUGUGGGUCUACCCUGAAUUCUUAACUCUUGCUUGUCAGGUGUCAGCACUCUGUCAAGUCAGCCUGCCAGUCACGACAUUUUGAGGAGAUGCUGAGAAGUGCUCAGUACUGUUUCCAUGUGCUCUGCACCCCACUGCCACCAUUCUUCCUGCUUGAAACAGGGAGCGCGCUUCUGGGAGAGUCUUCUAGCAGAAUAUGUGCCUGUGCCAGGGUGGACAGCGGGUGACAUCAUAGGAACAGCAUGCUGGCCAGAGGGCCCAGGAGAGCAUGCCUUUCCCUGUCCCUGUGCUUCAGCUGGGGGCCGGGGGGCUGGAGGGAGACCUUCCCCUAGGCCACGGGUGUUCAGCCUCAGCCCUGAAACUUGAAUACAAGCCGCAGCAUUUGUAAUCUAAAAUCACCCCCAUCUACGCCCCACCCAUCCUCGCCUGUGGGAGACUACUUUUGGUGUGGGGGUCUCCUAGAGAGAGCAGUGGACAGUGGCCAAGGAAAUGUCAGCGCCACAAUCCUCUAAUGCAAUGGGUAUGAUGUGCCAUGGGGCACGGGAAUGGGCCCAGAGAGCAAAGCCUUUGCCUCGUCUCCUGGGGCUCAGCGUUCUGGGGACAGCCACGACACUGCACAGACCAUUGCCCUGUUGCUUGGCAGGUUCAAGCCACUUAUUGUCCCUUAGGUGAAAGGACAGACUGAGUCAUGUAUGCGGAACCUAAGUCACAACUGGGACUGUGCCAGGGAUGGCACCAGGGAGGGGCUGGUGUGAGGGGAAAGGCCAUUCUCAUCUCCCAAGGCCCUGAGCCACCCCCAGGCUGUGCCUGAGUCGCUGUCUUAGAUUCUUCCCUCUGGAAGCCACCUUUCAGCUGGCCGCCUGCCUGCGGACUCCUCGAGGUCAGAGGUCACCCCACCCCCCCACCCCGGCUCCCUCCAGCAGUCCUCUGGCACUCAGCAGUGAUGUUACACUUUCAAUGUAGUCGAGACAGGGCGUAAGUUAUUGUUUGCAUAAAAAAUCAUGUUCGCUGUGUACAUUUUAAAAAAGGAAAUGUCUCUGAAUUGUAUGGGAAUAAAACUUGUUUGAAAAUUUGGAAUAGUGCUGCUGCCAGCUUAUUUUUCUGGUACUUGUAUUUUCAAAUGUUAAAUGAACUUUAUAUAUGUUGAAUUAACAAAUAUUUUGAGUUUUCCUGAUACAAACAAAAACAUUAAUGGUAUUGAAAUGUGUUAGUAGUCUGGCCGUGUGCCCAAAAUUCUGUUUCGCAGCAAAGUGGAGAACUGUAUGUAAAGAAAGUAUAACAGUUAUUUCUUUGUAUUUUAGGGGCUUUAACCAAGACAUCUAGUUGGUGUUAGGAAUGUUGCUUAAUUUCCAAACUUUUUUUUAACACGUGGGUGUUUUGAGGCUCCAACCUGACUAGUGCAUGGUCAGCCGUCGCUAAGGCUGAGGCAUCUCUCUGACCGAGGUGUUUUUGUUUGGUUUUGUUUUUUAAAAUCAUGUAUUUGCUACAAAGUAUUGUACUUGUCUCAAUGGGAAUGGUGUAAAAAACUGAA